UAUAUAAGCAUAACACCCUCACUUUCACCCCAACUUUUUCCUUCCAUUAACAUCAGACUAAAACAAAGGAAAAAGCAACCCUUUUAUCAAAACACACAUACACACAAAUUUGUUCCGAAUUUCACUAUCAUACUUAAUUGGAAAGAGAGCCAUGAGCCCUUCAAAGUUUCAAGAUAGUGAGGUGACGACAAAGGGGGUGAUCAACGGUCCACGUCCGUCGCCGUUGAGAAUCAACAAAGAUUCUCAUGCGAUCCACAAACCUUCUUCUUCUCCUUCUUCACAUCAACCAGUUAACGAGAAUUCAGCCCAUCUUGCUUCGGGUCCCAAGCAGCAGCAGCAACAGCAGCAGCAGAGUCUGUCAGCCAAACGACAGCCCGUCAUCAUAUACACACACUCUCCAAAAGUCAUCCAUGCACAGGCACGCGAUUUCAUGUCCCUGGUGCAGAAACUCACCGGCCUCUCGCGCUCAUCGGAGGAUGAAAAGACGACGACGACCACCGUGAAAUCCGAGUCGUCGGAGUCGACCAAGGACGACAGCGGCUCCUUAUCCGAAGAAAAGGACUGUGGGGUUAACAAGAAUGUCGUGUACGAGGAUAAUGAGUCGUCUUCUGUUUUGACGACGGACGACAAGUUUGUCGGGGAAGUUAAGGAUUCAUCCGCCAUUUCUCCGAUGUACAAAGUGUCUAAUCCCUACUUGGUUGAUGCUCCACUCUUCACCCCGAAUUCUAACGAUCAAUUUUUCUGUUCGUCGAGGCCGAAUUCUCUGUUUCAAUCCCCGAGAAUGGCUAAUCCGAUUUCACCUUCGUUCAUGGAUUUCAUGAAAGGGUUCCCCGAUUACUGAGUGGAGGGAUACAUACGUAAUGUGUGGGAUUGGAGGUGAAAUCAUUCCAUUUAAUUAAUUCGUUUUUAGUCUUGAUUAUAUAGGAUUUUGGUUUAAUUUUAGUUUUGGUUUACCAUCAUAUUGCUUAGGAAGAUUGAUCGGAUAGCGAUCGAUGAAAAAGCACAGAUUAAGGUGAAUUGUUAGAAAAUUGUUUGAGAUUUAUAUUUAUUCUUUAGCCAUCUAAGGGAGGGUUGAUGUCCUUCCAGGUUUGUGCUGUCAAUAAAUUAAAUUUCGUUGACCUUUUCUAUUUCAA